UUCUUCGCACCCACGGCAUUACCUCUUAAAAUUUCUGCAUUGCCUCAUAGAAUCUCUCUGCAUUGCAUCUGCAAUCACAACGCUGACUUCCGGAUCGCCACUCAGCCCAUUGGACUCUUGAUAGUCGUCCUCCCCACACUGCUGCUGGGGGGACUUUUUAACCCUAGGCCUGUGUAUGGCCUUCAAUUGAAGCUGCUUCCGCUCCGCCACUCUGCCAUUGGACUCUUGAUAGUCGUCUCUCCCCACACUGCUGCUGGGGGGACUUUUUAACAUAGGCCUCUGUAUGGCCUUCAAUUUAAGCUGCUUACGCUUCGCCACUCUGCCAUGGGCCCCUGUACCGCCUCCUCUUGCUGCUACCAGG